GUUGCUCUUGGCUUAAUGAAACUAACAUCAUGCUUGGAGCGAGCCUUGGGUGAUGUGUAUUUACUUAAGGGUAAUGAUUGUCCUUUCCUUCUAAGAGACUUGCUUGCAUCUGAGCAGCUUGCAGAUGUCUUUGGACAAUCUGUAAUGAAUGUACUGAGGGUAUUCAUUGGAUCUCCACAUGGUCUGAACCUUCGUAAUGUUUUGUGGCAUGGGUUUGCGUCACCACAAGAAAUUCCUGCCAAAUACUGUGCUAUGCUGCUUUUUUUAACUGCAGGAUUGGGUCAGUUGUUACAGACUUAUCUUCUGCAAACUAAAGGUGUUUUAGUACAUCGACCUUAUGUGAUCUUCAUUAGCUUAGAGGAACUUGAUGCAUUUCCAGAUCUUAAUAAUGAAACACUUUCCAUAGCUGAAGAAAUUAUAAAACUGUCCAGUUUUAUAUUAAAAACGAUGUUGCCAUUUUGGUUUGCUGCUUUAACAGCUUUCAGGCAAAGCAGGUAUGCUGACAGUGUGAUUCUCUUACUUCCUCAGCUGGAAGUUGGAUUUAGAUUGCUCUUCACUACAGCUAAUAAAUGUCCAAAUCGAUUGCUAACAGCAGAGUCAUCUACUUUCUACACCACUUUUGAUGAGAUGCUAGCAAAGCAUUUGGAUAAUGAAGAAAUCAACCAGCUACCUGUAGUUCUUGAGGAGCCUGCCAUGGAAAGUGAUUUCCUUUGGGAUUUCUUGAACCACCAGGAUGGCCCACGUAUAAGAGAUCGUUUAAGCCAUGGAGAGAUCAAUCUAGAAACAUUUCCCAGAGAAGUAGCUAAUCAGAUAAUUGGAUUUGCUAUCACUAUUCUCUGCAGAUUCUCAGAUGAGGAUAUGUAUUCUUUUAAGGAACACAUGGUCCUAAAACCACUGAUGAGCUGUGCAAGUUGCUACCAAUCUCGAUUUCAUCCCAUUUCCCGACUCAAGAAACAGGUGCUGGAAUGUAUGAAGAGCGUUCACUUAUGGCCUGAAUUGCCAACAGUGCCUGAGGAACAAGUAGAAAAAAUUAAAGGGUUGGAAGGAAAUGCUGAAGCUAAUACUUUAAUUUUGAUGAUAUCUGAAAUGAUAUCUCAGUUGCAGCAUUAUCUGCCACAGAAUUGCUGCAGUUCAGAUGAUCCUAUCAAUAGUGUCCUCACAGAGAGGCUGCUGGUGGAACUUUGUGAUACCCGCAUUUGCACGCUGUAUUCCCCACGUCCUGUCCUGGAAGUAGUGGUGGUACUCCGCAAAAUAAGCGCGCAGUGCCAUCAAGUGUCCCGACAGGUUAUUGCCGGCGCUGGGCUGAGAUACACGCAGUGGGUCAGCAAGACUCUGCGUUCUCGCCAGAGGCACAACUAUCGGCGGAUGCUGAACAGCAUUAAAUUUUUGUCUCCAGUGUUGCGGCUCGUCUUACUGUUGAUUACUCUGGAGCUACUUAGUGUUCAUUCAGUUUGUAAGAAGAAUCCUUUUGAUUAUCAGGAGUAUCUGAAGUUUUUGAAGUCAGUCUUGCAGUACACUGAGAACUUAGUGACAUACACAAGCCCUGAUAAAAACAAGUGGGAUGAAACCGUGGAACUUACAAAGAAGACUUUGAUAAGAAUAAAGAAAAUCAGUGACAGAAAACUAUUGUUAAUGAAUCUAGCUAUGUGAACUAAAUGGGCUUAUGAUUGGACUUUUUUAUAUCUAAACAGUUACAGAGGCCUCAUAUUGCAUAAAUCUAAUUCAAAGACAAACUUCAUAAUUCAUUAUCAAAUUUUGGAUGCAAAAUUUACUCCUUUUAUCAGAAGGUAGCUGCUGAUACUGGAGAUGAAAGAUCAAGCUUCCAGAGAAGACGUUGUUUGCCAAACCCAGUGAAAAAGAUUUACUGCUAACUAAAUCAGGAUGACACAAGUUCUACU